CGUAUGCAAAAUGCGUGUUGUCUGUAAGCUAUGUGUAAACCACAGAAGUACUUAAAUGCUAGUGUAAGAUGUGUGAACGUACACGCGUUUAGAACAUGUUCCCGUCUGUCAGCUUCUCCUCGGCUGUACGGCCUCGGGGCCGCUGUCGGCUGCCAAAUUCACGGCCGGAGCCGUGGGCGGCUGGCUGACACCGCUCCGCGCUGCCUAAAGCUGGGCCGGGCCGCCACGCAGCGUCCCUCACCCCGGCGAGGGGAGGGGACGAGAGGAGCGGAGACCGUGCAGGAGCAGGAGGCAGGCGGGAGGCGGAGGGACGCGGCCGUGCCCGGCACCUGCGCGGCGGGCGGGGCAGGGCCUGGGGCCGCACUGAGCGCGGGGCGCGUCCCGCUCCGGCCCCUCCCGUCCUUCAGCAGCAGUCCGAGCUCCGGCGGUGGAGCGGCGGCGCAACAGGUCUCCGUGAGGCGCGGCCCCGGCCCCGUGCCGCCACCGCGCGCACCCAUGGCCGGCCGCGGCCCCGGCGGCGACCAGGGCUACAUCCGCACCGUGCUGGGCCAGCAGAUACUGGGCGAGCUGGACAGCUCCAGCCUGGCGCUGCCCUCCGAGGCCGGCCUCAAGCUGUCGGGCGGGGAGGAGAAGGCGCUUCGGAUCCACCGGCAAGUCCAGCAGACGCUGGCCAGGAAGAGUCGAGGCUCGCUGCACAACGGCAGUUUACACCGUGCUUCCAGUGUCCCAGAACGUGUCUAUAACAUGGGGAUUGUUGAAAAUGAUUUUUCACCAAGAUCUCAGUAUGGUUUCUCAUAUUAUCAGUCAAACCAGGUUGCGUCGCCAUCCUCUUAUACAAAUGGCUGGGGGACAAGAACUGCUUACAGGGCGAUGGAAGAAAGAGCUCAAAGACAACCUCUGAGGAGAUUAGAGGUUUCACCCCAGCGUGGUCCCAAAAGAUUGGCAUAUGUGUCCAAUGAUUUUCACUAUGACAGAGUGUUUUCAACUGGAUUGUCCCCACGGCAUGGAAAUUACAGGAGAUCCAAUGGGACUGUCCCACCAAGAUAUGCUCGGUCUGAGAUUGUUGGUUACACAAUUCGUGAUACAGUGAGCAAGGGAAACUCUCUUAAAAGACACUCCCAUUUGGGGGCUAUUAAUGACACCAUCCCUGAUAGUGUCCCUCUUAGCCCCCCUGUACAGAGGUACCAUCAAGCAGGCAACAGUCGCAGUAUGACCAACCUUUUAGAAAAAGAAAACUACCUGACUUCAGGCAGUGCAAUGGGACAAGUGAGAUCACCAACCGCUUCCCAUUUUGGAUCUCAGAACAGGCAAUCUUUAAGGUCCAGCUGGCACCAAACUACUCUCAGAAGCACGCAGACCAGGAGGGAAGCUUCCCAGCCAGCUUCAGUAAUCACUGUUGCUGCAGAACCAGAUGGUAAGAGGAUGACACUGACAGCUGCUAUGGCAGCAGCGGGGAGAAACAGUUUCCUGCAGAGUGAACAAGCCACCAUCAAUGGAUCUCAGCUAGGGAGCCCAGAAGUAGAGAUGACUCUAGAGCGUGCAGUGAGCAUCUUGAAGAGUGAAAAUACACAGUCAACACCUAGGAUACUUGCUGCAGUGACUUUCAUACAGCACGAAUGCUUCCAGAAAGCAGAAGCCAGAAGAAAAGUUUUCUCCCUUGGUGGUAUCCCCAAACUUAUACAGCUUCUUGAUGUUCAGAACGAGGAUAUUCAGCGAGCAGUGUGUGGUGCUUUGAGAAAUUUGGUGUUUGAAGACAAUGACAACAAAUUGGAAGUGUCAGAGCAGAAAGGGAUCCCUGUCUUGCUCCAUUUACUCCAACAUACCAAGGAUGUAGAAACUAAAAAGCAAAUAACAGGUUUGUUGUGGAAUUUGUCUUCCAAUGACCAGCUGAAGCACCUGUUGGUUAAAGAAGCCCUACAUAUCCUGACAGAAGCUGUUCUCAUCCCUUGCUCUGGCUGGCCAGAUCGAGAUUACCCCAAGUCAAGUGUUUUACCUGACCCUGAUAUCUUCUACAAUGCCACAGGAUGCCUGAGAAACAUGAGCUCUGCUGGCCCAGAAGGAAGGAAAAAGAUGAGAGAGUGUGACGGUCUGAUUGAUUCUCUUGUGUAUUAUAUUCAAGGAGCUAUUGCAGACCACGAGCCUAAUGACAAGGCCACAGAAAACUGUGUGUGCAUUCUUCACAAUCUUUCCUACCAACUAGAGGUAGAACUUCCUGAAAACUAUGCCCAGAGCAUCUAUGUACAAAGAAGAAAUAUUUCUACCAAUGAUAGAACACCAGGCUGUUUUGGAACACGGAGCAGAAAAGUGAAAGAGAAGCAGCAGGACACCCCGCUACCCGAGGAAAAGAGCAAUCCCAGAGGUGUGGAAUCACUCUGGCAUUCCACACUGAUUAGAAUAUAUCUCUCCUUGAUAGCAAAGAGUACCAGAAACUAUACCCAGGAAGCAUCCCUGGGAGCUCUUCAAAACCUCACAGCUGGUACUGGACCAAUGCCGUUUUCAGUGGCCCAGACUGUUGUUCGGAAGGCAAAUGGCCUUCCAAGUAUUCGAACUAUGCUGCAUGUAAGCCACCCAGCAGUAAAGAAGACAGCAGUCUCGCUGCUCAGGAACUUGUCUCGCAACACCUCCCUGCAAAAUGACAUAGCUAGAGAAGUUUUGCCAGAUUUGGUCUCGAUACUUCCCGACUACGUCCCAGGGUCUGAUAUUGCUUGUGAAACCACAGCUUCAAUCUGCUACACCUUAUACAAUUUGACACAGAGCAGUUCUCACAAUGCACGGCUUCUCCUAAAUUCUGGUGGCCUGCCAAAGAUCAUUGCCAUCAGCAUGAACGACAGUAACAUGUUCAGCAAAGCUAGUAAGGCUGCUUCAGUCCUCCUCUACUUCUUGUGGUCACAUACUGAUCUCCACAAUGCUUACAAAAAGGCUGAUUUUAAGAAGACAGAUUUUGUCAAUACCCGGACCACAAAAGCCUAUAACUCACUUAGAGAUUGAAUCAGAUCAUAACAUCACAGAAGACAUCUAUUGAUUAGUGUAACUGUUCUCAUGCGGCUGGUAUUCCUGUGAAUCGAGAAGUAUCUUGGAAAAAAGAGGCUGAUUUGUAGACUUGAAUGACUUGUGAUAGCUGUCCUGUGUUUUUAAUUUUCACCACAUUGUUGUCACCAUAGAUCAGUAUAUGAAUAACCAAAAAUGGAUUCCUCGGGACAUUUGAGGUGACAUUUCAUCUAGGUUUACCACUACUUGGAGUUUCAGAAGACUGCCUUUAGUCUAGAAGACAUUUAUACACAGAGGUUUAAAAUGCUGAUUGGCAGCAAAUACUUUUCAGAAUGUUUUAUACAGGUUGUUUUCAACAGAGGGUAAGCAUCAAUUGCACUGCUCAGGACAUAGUAAUUUUUCACCCUUUUGUUUUUUCACAUAUGCUAAACAAGAAUCUCCAGACCCUGUGAGUAUGCACAAGAAGCUGUUUCACUACCUGCAUUAUAAAAGCACUAAGGGAGUUAAAAUGAGUAUUUUUAUAUUACUUGUAUUCAUGUGCUCACUGGUUCUUAAGCCUCUUUCUUUCGAGAUCUCAUUAGCAACAGCAAUAAAAUUGAUUUUACAUAGAUCUGGUUAUGCCUGGCUCUCAUCAUGCUCCUUUAUAUGGCUGUUGGAAUUGAUAACUGUGUCCAAAAAGGGUUUUAUCUAGAUACGGUAUGUCAGACACUCUGGGCUGAUCCGUCACUCUUUGCUAAUUGCUGGUGAUUCAGUGAUUAUUUCAAGAAAAUCACAUUUUCAAAACAAUCCUGUUGAUUAAAUGUUGUAAAAGGA